UUCGCCCUUUCCACUCUUGCUCCGAUGCAUUUCUCCAUGCGGUCGCCAAGGCCAGCAUUUUGGCGCCCGGCGACCUUAUAUUCACAUUCAAAACCUAUAUUCUCUUCACUCUUCUUACCCUAUAGAAUGUAUGUGGCCUCCGUGCCCAUCUAUCUGUCAGUGUUUUCUGUUUCCUAUUCUGUAUAAUAUGACACUAUUCGACGGAGUCAGCAGUGGCGGUGACGAGCAGGUCAAAAGUGACUCAUCAACUGAUAACUGGAGGGAUUCUCCUCUUACUGGAGUGUUUGAGUUGUUUUUAUUCACUCUUCUUUCCCUUCUCCCUUGCUCAAAAAUUCUAUGUUUCUCUUCCUUGAGAAAAAAAACAAAAGGUCCAAUGCUUGGGGGUUCGUUGGACGACGACGCAGGACGACGAUGGCGUGCAGCAGGCCGUGGCGCUAUUUCCUUUAUCCGGUUCUUACACAUGAAAAAAGCAAUGAACAAGACGAACAGUCGUUCUUUCAUCCAUUCUUUCUUUGGUCGGCUCUAUCUCCCCUGGAACAGGCUGUUGGACUGGACUGGGACAUCUGUGUACUACAUGUAAUUAGCCGGAACAGUUGAGUAGCUAGUAGUGAUGAGGCGGUUCGACAAGCAACAAUGCGACAGGAAUCAAAAGUGAUUAUAGUAUUCGAAGACA